AUGGGUGGCACAGAGUCCAUCGAACAGAAAGAGGAGGAAGAGGAUGAAGAGCCGGUGGAGGAGGAGUCGGGCCUAAACCCUGAGGAUGUUGCCAAGAUGACAUACAGCGAGUUCAACGCUGCUGUCGGUUCCGCCUGCCAAGAGAAUGACAUCAAGAAGUUUCGGGAUCUGUGGGACUUCAUCUCUGCGGUGCGAACGGAGAACCAUCCCACCUUCGAUGACAGCCUGAUGGCAGAGAAUUGCAUCAAGCACCUUAGACAUGCCUUUCGCCACUCGGUGACGGCCUGGCGGGAGUUGGGUGUUCGGGUCAGUCGCACCUUCUUUCACAACCAGCAGGCUCGAGAGAAGCUCGUCCAGCUUGACUUUGUAGGCUCCAUGAUGCUCCUCACCAUGCCCAAAGAAGGCGCAGAGGAUCUAGAGGAGGAUCUCGAGGACGACCUCCACGCAGAAGGGCAUCACGAGGGCGCCACCGAGGAGUUUCGUUUUCAGCUCCUAGCUGCUGAGACGAUUCUUGAAAUGGCAGACUAUCCGGAGUUCAUGCCAUCGUUGUGUUCCACCAGCGUGUUGAACUUUCUCUGCAUCGCCUUGAAUCAGGUUCCCGAAUCUGUCGAAAUCGUUACGCACACCUUCGUGAAGAUCUCAGCAGAACCACAGAACCUCCCGAUUUUCCUGAGCGGUUCCGUGGGUGACAUCCUGGAGUCUUUCUUCAAAUCGACCAACUACCUGCGGCCCAGUGAUGCGAGCAGCUUCGAGCGGAUGCAGCAAUGGGCCCGAGACAUCUCCGCCAUGGCCCACUGCGCCCACACGAUGGGCACGAUGAUCAAGUACGACCACGCCUGCCAAGUGGACCUUAGGACGAUCGGGGCCAUCUUUUCGAGCAUGUCGGGCAAUCUGCGCUUGGUCUCAGAGCUUGCUCGGCUUUUCUAUUGGAUCUGUCGCAAGUCUCCUGACCUUUUUGAGACUUUGAUGGAAUCCGCUCCGGGUGUCGGUGGGGUGGAGGGCCUUGAUACCUUGCUUUUUUCCCUGGUGGCCACCUGGAAGCAGUCCGUCGAUUUGCACCACCGGAUUAAGGCGGCCACCAGCAGUGGGAGUGGCUCAGGUCUGGAAGACUUUCUGGUGGACGAUCUAGACAAGACUGUUAUCAUUGAGUAUGGCUCGGAGGAAUAUGACCACAAAGUCGAGUAUGCGGAGAUGAGGCUCUGCUACAUGAACUGCCUGCUCUGGGUCCUUCUGCCCCAGUGGAGCCUUCGCUGGCGCCUCCGGGACUUUGGCUUGAAGGAUCUCUACCUGGCCGUGGAGCUCCGAGAGCCGGUUCUUCUGCAGGUCAUCCUCGGGACCAUACGCCAUCUCUUGGAUCAGGAACAGGCGCAGGAAUGCCAUGAGCUUAUCGUGUUCUUCGGGGAGCAGCUGCUUGGCUUCCUUGACUUGGCCAUUCUCGGGAAGUUUCCUGACAGCCUGAUGCGGCUGCUACUGGAUGGUGUAUCCAUCCUCUCUUUCAACCGUGAAAUGCAGACACUUCUGGCAAGCUUCAACAUUUGGGGCAAGCUGAACAGGCUCGUCCGAAGGUAUCGGGAACGGAACUCUGCAAGGGACCAUCGCAAGAUUGAAUUGGCGGUUCUGCGGGUGAUGUCUCAAGUGGCAGUCCAUCCUUCUCAUCGUCUAGGUUGGAUUGCCAAGGAGACAGAUCCAGAUGAGGUCUACCCUCCCCGACAAGAGUUCGAGGAGCAGCUGGAAGGUUGGAUCAAGCGGAAGGAUGAGCACUGCAAGACCAUUGCAUCCCUGCUCCUCAACAUAUUUCAGGAGCAGAAGUUUCAGAAGCAUCCAAACCAAGUGGAAACAACCUUGCACAGCAUCUUAGACUGGUGGCAGGUGAAUAGCAGUACUGGCUACGACGAGGAGCGCGAGGACCUGAGUGCCACUGAGCGUGCCAAAGUCUCAGUCGCUGAUAGACUCAAGGUUUGCCUCAUGAGAGCUCAAGAGAAGCGAGCCCUCACCAGCAUGGAGACGAUGCACCAAUGCGCUCCUUACGAGUGUGUCAUCGUCCUCUCCUUGUUCAGUCGCUUGGCCCUGGAGCCGAAGUUCAAGCGGUUGUUCUAUGCCAACGCGCUGGAGCCACUCCUGGGAUGCGUCUGCACCGGCUUCUGGGCAGAAGCGCGGGAGGCUGCGGCCACCCUAGCCAACCUGAUGUGGGUACCCGACUUGGACUACGAACGAUUGGUCUGCUGGCUGAAGUUCGACGGGUCCAGGUGUAUCACCGUGGACGCCGCGAACGUCUUGCUGCCCAUCAAAGCGGGGGAUCCAAAGCCGGUGGACAUCGGUCAGGGUAUGUACAGCUCGAUGUGGGGCGUUGAGUUCGGCACGGGCUCCUGUUUGACUUUGCACCCGGAUGGCUUGAAGACCUACAACGUGCCUGGCGUCCUUACUACGGCAUCUCCACAGGACACCUUCAGACAAACAUCGCAGAGUCCGUAUCAUUGGCUGGACGAACCGCCAGACCCCAGACACUUCACAAUCACCUGCUGGUUCUUCUGGCCUCUCAACCAGUUCGAUACUCCAGAGAACGCACGACGACAAUGUGUCCUGUUGCAGAGCUCGCCGCCGGAAAGGCUGAUGCAGCUCUACGUGGAUUUUGAGACGGAGCCGGAAGGCGUUUGGACGCUGGUCGACCACACCAGGACCAAGCGCCCAAUCAAGACACCUCAGCUCCAUCCUGGCUGGCAUCUGCUUGCCUUGGUGUCUUCCACAAGCCGCAGUCCUUCGCAGCCGAUCGAUGGAACCAAGCUCUUCCUGGACGACUGGUGCAAAGUGCUGAAGAACGUGUGGAUCCUGAACGACUUCUAUAUGGUCGGCAAUGACUCGGCAGCCGGAGGACGAAAGCCCUUUGGCUUGAUGGCCGACUUCCGCAUCUACGCACGCAGCCUGCCGGACGACCAGGUGAAGGGUAUGGUUCUUGCCACCAACACCGAGCAGCAUCCUGAUAAGAUUGCCCGGUGCCUGGCCACCAUGGAUGCUGCGACCGUCCUGGCGCAGCGGCUGGACGUCCCGGACACUGCCGCAGAAUGCUUGCGGGCACUGGGCAGUCUGGCGACACUGUCUUCGCAGAGGGCCAAGAUCUUCAACGUUUGUGGACGCAAGCUGAUGCAGCUCAUGGACUCCCCGCUCCCGAUGGUCCAGCGUCAGGCAAAGCGCCUCAUCAACAACUUGGCCUAG